CCUGCGGCUGGCUGCCGAGCCUUGUGCCUCCGCCAUAUUGUCUGUGUGAGGCCGGUGGGGCGGGAGGCCAGCGCGGCGGUCGCUUCAGUUGGAAAAACCAAAGGCCCAUCCAAGGCCUUCACCCUGUGUCCGGUUUUGAGCUCAGAGGCUACCAGAAAUCUAAACACCUAAUAUAACUCCACCCAGCAACCUGUCCGACAUGUCAGGACCCGUGCCAAGCAGGGCCAGAGUUUACACUGACGUAAACACGCACAGACCCCGAGAGUACUGGGACUAUGAGUCACAUGUUGUCGAAUGGGGAAAUCAAGAUGACUACCAGCUAGUUCGGAAAUUAGGCCGGGGCAAAUACAGCGAAGUGUUUGAAGCCAUCAACAUCACAAAUAAUGAAAAAGUAGUAGUUAAAAUCCUCAAGCCAGUAAAAAAGAAGAAAAUCAAGCGUGAAAUCAAGAUCUUAGAAAACUUGCGAGGUGGUCCCAAUAUAAUCACCCUUGCAGAUAUAGUAAAAGACCCUGUGUCCCGGACCCCUGCUUUGGUUUUUGAACAUGUAAACAACACAGACUUUAAGCAAUUGUACCAGACAUUAACAGACUAUGAUAUUAGGUUCUACAUGUAUGAGAUUUUGAAGGCUUUAGAUUACUGUCAUAGCAUGGGGAUCAUGCACAGAGAUGUCAAACCCCACAACGUCAUGAUUGACCAUGAGCACAGAAAGCUGAGGCUAAUAGACUGGGGUCUGGCUGAAUUCUAUCAUCCUGGCCAGGAGUACAAUGUCCGAGUGGCUUCCCGAUACUUCAAAGGACCUGAACUCCUUGUAGAUUAUCAGAUGUAUGAUUAUAGUCUGGAUAUGUGGAGCUUGGGUUGCAUGUUGGCCAGUAUGAUCUUCCGAAAGGAGCCAUUUUUCCAUGGCCACGACAAUUAUGAUCAGUUGGUGAGGAUAGCCAAGGUGCUGGGGACAGAAGAUCUAUAUGACUACAUCGACAAAUACAACAUUGAGCUGGAUCCACGCUUCAAUGACAUCUUGGGCAGGCACUCCCGUAAGCGAUGGGAGCGCUUUGUUCACAGUGAGAACCAACACUUGGUGAGCCCAGAAGCUCUGGAUUUCUUAGACAAAUUGCUGCGGUAUGAUCACCAGUCACGACUCACAGCAAGAGAAGCCAUGGAACACCCCUACUUCUAUCCCAUUGUGAAGGACCAGGCUCGGAUGGGUUCAUCCAGCAUGCCAGGUGGCAGCACUCCUGUCAGCAGCGCAAGUAUGAUGUCAGGGAUCUCUUCAGUGCCAACACCUUCGCCCCUUGGACCUCUAGCAGGCUCACCCGUGAUUUCUGCCACCAAUACUCUGGGGAUGCCGGUUCCAGCUGCUGCAGGAGCUCAGCAGUAGUGAUGGGUUUUGUCUCCGAAUGCCUGAGCUGAGUCAGGUGGGGAAGAGGUUCCCCCUCUACCUCUCCCCAGGCUGCAGCUUGCACCUGGCAGGGGAAGGGAGGGGAUGGAACACUUUGGAGGCACCGUGUCUGAACAGUUGCUUGUGGAUUUAUAGUAGUUCAGUCAUUAUAUAAAAAAAUUAUUAUAGGCUGAUUUUUUUUUCUUUUUUUUUUUUACUUGAACUUUUCGUAACUCAGGGGAAUCCCUGAAAAUACUGCAGAUGGAAUAUUUCUCGGACAAUUUUUUUCCCAAACUCCUCAUCACUUGAGAACAAAGAUGAACCAACUACAUUUCCAAGCUGUUGUAUCCUGCUGGAAAUCUCUUCUCUUCAUAGUCCCACCAUUACUCCUCCACCAGCUCACCCCUUGGGGGGAUUGUCUUGUGCUUUUCUCUGGAGUCUACCAGACCAAGUCUUCACAAGGCAGUGGGAGGGGGAUUCUUAAAGUACCAGUCACUUUAACACCAUAUUCUGCAUAUGACUCAACUGGGGUACAUUGAGGAGACAACUUCAGUUUGUAGAGAUGGUAAAAACUUAUAAGAAAUAAGCGCAGAUAAGGCCUAAAACCCUAUUCUGUCCUGUAUGAAUCAUGUCUCUCUAGGAGUUAACCAGAGCGCUGACUCUCUCCCUUGCAUGUAAUUUUAGUCUUAAAGCAUAAAGUUACUGAUCCAGUUGACGUUCUUGCCAUCUGCUGUUGAAGGUGCUCCAGUAGGGUAAGCUGUACUCUAAUCAGUACCUUUUCCACAUAAGGUUCUUCCGGCCAAUCCCUUGGCUUGGAAUUCUGGAAUUAAUUUGUUACUGGGUAUAUUGUUUUGUUUUUUUAAAUUGUUUAUACAGAUUUCAAAAUGGUGGCUACUUAAAGAGCUGGAAAAUCAGACUGCGCCAAGUCACAUAUUGAGUCAUCACCCACCACCCCCACCCUCCUGUGCCAUGUGGUGAGAAUACUGGUUACCUCACAGUCUUGUAAAUAUGCACUGAGAGGAAGGAGCGAGUAGACUAACUUAAACUGAAAUGGUAGACCUGUAAUUGUGGACAGAUAUUACUAUUGAUGACAAAGCACCCUUGUUACAGCCUUGCUACCCUUUGCUGUGUAUAUAUACUUUGUCCUUCAUAUGUGAAAGAUCCAGUGUUGGAAUUCUUUGGUGUAAAUAAACAUUUGGUUUUAUUUAUCAAGGUUAGAUUUAAGUUCCCUGUGUAGAGGUCUCACUGGGUUGGUGUCGCACACUUUUACACAAGAGUGGCCUGCAGGCCUGCACGUAUUGAGGGAGGCGGCUUUCCUAGUCAUAUGCACCUUUGUAUGAUCUGUUGUAGUGAGCAGUGCAAAGAAGCCUUAUAGAAGCAUCACAAGCCAAAGUAUCUCCUGGGAUAAGGAUCUUUUGCCAUAGAACUCCUUUUGUUUCUCAACCAUGCUGGGAUUUGUGUUAGGGAAACAAUUCCCAGCUUUUUGUGCAUUGCUGUUCACUGAAAUCAAACCACUUAAGCUUGUCAGGUGCUCCACUGGAGAGACUUUAAGCACAAUGGCACCCAUCACUUCUGGAUCCUCGUUUUAAUGCCGUUGCAGCAGCUGCUUGUUCUGGGCAUUGAGUACUCUUCUAGUUCUUGCAACAAGUCCUGAAGCCUUGGCAUUUCACCCCUGCUUGUUCUAUAAGCACCUACCACUUUAAUUUGGGGGGGGGGGGUGUUCAACCAUUAUUUCCUUAUUGCUUCAAUUAAUUCUGCCAAGUAAGGCAGUUGAGUGCAUGGGCUGGAUUAAAUUGAGAGAAACUGGCCAGCAUGGAACCCAUAGUCCCCUUUCCAUUAGGAUCACCUAAAUGGGAGAUGAAUUUUUAAUGAGCACCAGGAUAGCUUUCUUCUCCAUGAUGUCAUCCAGUGGAAAUUUAUUGUACUUAAUCUUUUUAUAUCCUAGAAUGAUGUGAAAAUCGGACCAUGUUGACUGUUUCCUUGAUGUGCAGUAGCUAAAAGCACCAAGUAUGGCAAAGAUAUCACUUGUGGUUUGUUUGCACUAGGUCGGGAGCUACACAGGACACUUAACCAAUUUAUUUUUUUUUUGUAAAUGAGGAAGGAGGACUAUAAAUCAAAACAGUUGGCUCCUUCCUAGCUUAAGAGAGCAUCGUUGUAGAUAAGGCUGUAUAAUAAGGAAACCACAAACAGCUGAAGGUUCUUGUGCCCAUCAAGCCUUGCAACAAAAGAAAGCAAGAAAACAAGAUGAGAAUGGAAGGACUCGGUUCUGGAAGUGACACAAGCUCUUUCUAUAAAAUGCUACAUCAGAUUCACUGCACAAGCAUGCAACUAAAUAGACUGGGAUAGUGUGUCCCAGUGGUGAUGGGAGGGCAAGGGUUUACAGAUUGUAACAACUUCUGUGUUGUAGAUUACCUCCUCUGUAUACCUUGUAUUGGAACACUUGUUUCUCAGCAGUGCAUUGUGUUAAAUGGCAGGAAAUCAAAUGCCAAUAGAUUAGUCCUGCUGGCAACUAACCUUCAAGGUCUUUUUUUUUUUUUAAGGUUUUUUAUCUUGUUUGAAGUGGCCCUUUUUUUGUUGAAGUUAGACUUUCUUUUCUCGAUUUAUUGGUUGUAAUUGUAUUGUAAUUGUUAUAACUAAACUUAACCAUGCUGGGAA